AUGAUCGGUCGGAUCAAACCAUCUUUGGGCAAAGCUGAAGGAUAUGGCUUGACUCCCGCUGAGCUACAGAAAUAUUUCGGCAUCGACGCUAAGCGCUUCGGGGAACUACCUAAACGUGUAGCCGUCCCUGUUCUUCACGGAUACAACAUCGAGUACCAAUGGUACCGGGUCGAAGGGACUUUAUACUUGGUUGAGCCUAUUGAAUGGAUACCAGUCGUGUCUCGUCGUGACACGUAUCCUUUAUCGGAGGUUGUCACAGAGGUCACGGUAGAAACCGAGGACGCGAGAAUAAGUGAUUUUGCUGCUGAUGCAAUGGCUUCCCUGUCUAUUUCUGCAGGUGGCUCGUACGCGGGCAUCACAGCCGAGGCCAAGGCGUCAACCAGCGUCAGUUUCCGUUACGCCGAGAAGUCUGAGCACAGGAGGAAGACCAGAUCAAUCCAAGAAAUGGGAAAGAUUCAGGUAGACCAAAUCUGGGUCUACCCCAAGCUGAAUUGCAGAAUUAUUAAGCAGCAGCGGAUUGAGUACACCAUCGAUGAGCCGACCUGGAAAAUCAAGAUCCCGACAUGCAACGACGGCGAAUGGGAAUCACGAAACAUUGACCAGCAUCGCCUAGAUGAGAGCUAUCCAGUGAUUCAUCCCGUCCCUAUGACGGGCAAUGGCAGAGGGGACAUGGCAUGGCUGUGUCCUAUCUUCAACCACUCCGAGAAUGGAGAUGUAACCGACAUAAGCACGCUGAUGAGUCGUAGCACCUGGAAAAGUUGGUUUUUCUAUGACUCUUUUCCGUGGAAGGAACCAGAGGAAGACGAGCAAAAGCACCUCGUUGUUUCCGCCUCCAACAGCGGUAUUGCUUUUGGACCAAUGGUCUCGUGGAUUGCCCUCAACAAGGAGUAG